GCUUCUGAUUGGUUAGAUGGGGUAAGCUAAUGAGACGCUUUCUUCCGCGAGGGGUUUUGAUUGGCCGGCCAGAGAGGUUACCUGGGAAUCCACCCCCACCCCAGGGACUUUGAUAGGUGAGUUUGAGGUAGAAACUGAGAAAUUCCUCUUCAAAGGAUUCUUACUGGUGAGCUAGGGUCGUGCCCUAGGCUUCACUCUGCUUUUUUUGCUUCACAGGAUCGGGAAAGGUUUGUGUUCCCGAAGCCUUGGGAGUUGUUACAGGCUAAGGAGAAGGGAUCUCAGUCUCUAGGAAGGGUCGCCCUCCUAGAGACAGCUACUAUCGUAUCUCAGGACGCUCUGGUGUUUCUAGAGCAGGCUUUGCUUUCACCAAAUCCAAGGAGGUGACAGGAGGAGUCCCUGCACAGGACUUAAGGAUGCUGUGACCAGAAGAUGGGAUCACGGAACAGCAGCAGCGCAGGAACUGGGUCCGGAGACCCUUCCGAGGGCUUGCCCCGAAGAGGGACUGGCCUGCGUAGGAGUGAGGAAGAGGAAGAGGAGGAUGAAGAUGUGGAUCUGGCCCAGGUACUGGCCUAUCUCCUACGCAGAGGCCAAGUGAGGUUGGUGCAGGGAGGAGGUGCAGCAAAUUUACAGCUCAUCCAGGCCCUCUCGGACUCGGAGGAAGAGCAUGACAGUGCCUGGGAUGGUCGUCUUGGAGACCGAUACAACCCACCCGUGGAUGCAACCCCUGACACACGGGAGCUGGAAUGCAAUGAGAUCAAGACACAAGUGGAGUUGGCCACAGGGCGGCUGGGGCUUAGGCGGGUAGCCCGGGAGCACAGCUUUCCUCAAAUGCUGCACCAGAGAGAACGGGGCCUCUGCCACCAGGGAAGCUUCUCCCUUGGAGAACGGUCUCGAAUGAUGUCUCACUUCUUGCCCAAUGAUCUGGGCUUCACUGAUACCUACUCUCAGAAGGCUUUCUGUGGCAUCUACAGCAAAGAUGGUCAAAUCUUCAUGUCUGCUUGUCAAGACCAGACAAUCCGACUGUAUGACUGCCGGUAUGGCCGCUUUCAUAAAUUCAAGAGCAUCAAGGCCCGGGAUGUAGGCUGGAGCGUCUUGGAUGUGGCCUUCACCCCUGACGGGAACCAUUUCCUUUACUCCAGCUGGUCUGAUUACAUUCAUAUCUGCAACAUCUACGGGGAGGGAGACACACAUACUGCCCUGGAUCUAAGGCCAGAUGAGCGUCGCUUUGCUGUCUUCUCCAUCGCUGUCUCCUCAGAUGGGCGAGAAGUGCUAGGAGGGGCCAAUGAUGGCUGCCUGUACGUCUUUGAUCGAGAACAGAACCGACGUACCCUUCAGAUUGAGUCCCAUGAGGAUGAUGUGAAUGCGGUGGCCUUUGCUGACAUCAGCUCCCAAAUCCUGUUCUCUGGGGGUGACGAUGCCAUCUGCAAAGUGUGGGAUCGACGCACCAUGCGGGAGGAUGACCCCAAGCCCGUGGGUGCGCUGGCUGGACAUCAAGAUGGCAUCACCUUCAUUGACAGCAAGGGAGAUGCCCGGUAUCUCAUCUCCAACUCCAAAGACCAGACCAUCAAGCUCUGGGAUAUCCGACGCUUUUCUAGCCGGGAAGGCAUGGAAGCCUCUCGCCAGGCUGCCACACAGCAAAACUGGGACUACCGCUGGCAGCAGGUGCCCAAAAAAGCCUGGCGGAAGCUGAAGCUCCCAGGGGACAGCUCCUUGAUGACCUACCGGGGCCAUGGGGUGCUGCAUACCCUCAUCCGCUGCCGAUUCUCCCCCACCCAUAGCACCGGCCAGCAGUUCAUCUACAGUGGCUGCUCCACUGGCAAAGUGGUCGUGUACGACCUCCUCAGCGGCCACAUCGUGAAGAAGCUGACCAACCACAAGGCCUGUGUGCGUGACGUCAGCUGGCACCCCUUCGAGGAGAAGAUUGUCAGCAGUUCGUGGGACGGGAACCUGCGUCUGUGGCAGUACCGCCAGGCUGAGUACUUCCAGGAUGACAUGCCAGAGUCUGAGGAACACCCGAGCACCCCUGCCCCAAUGUCCCACCCCUCUACAGCCUUUUCCUCACCCCAGUAGAUCUGACUUCCAGCCCCAUUCAUGGGUGAGCCUUUUGACAUCUCUACGCCUCCUCCCUUUCUCCCUUCUGGGGGAUCUUUGGGGAAUCAGUGGCAUUGGGUGGGGAGAAACAGAAGCCCAGGCUUCGGCCCUCUAGCUAAGCCCCGGGAGGGAGAUCCUCCCCUUGGGGCAGAGUGGUCUUCUCACGUGCUCACACCCAUCAACUUGGGUCUCCGUCUCUGGUCAGGGUCUGGCAGGACUGCCAUUAUCUGGUCAGCAGGAGUAACGUCCUGAGUGUUUUUAAUCUUGUUUGGUUGUUAAGUCUUAGCUCCUAGAGUAGAUGCCUGGGGCCAGGUCUGAACUGAACCAGGCCCAUUGCCCAGGCCUUCGCGCGUUGAGGACUAAACUGGUCAAUCAGGGCCAGGCGUCCUUGCCUUUCUUCCAGAGGUCCUAAUGGCUAGAGCUCUAGCCCCUCAGGGGAGGGGGGAAUGGGGAAGGUGUGUCCUCAGCACCCUCCCUGGCUGGGAAUUACGUCUUCUCUCUCACGUGUCUGGGUCUUUGGGGUAGGCAGGCUGUGGUGUGAGAGGCUCCGUGUGACCCCACACAGGGCGGGCCCUCCCCUCCCCGAGUGUUCCCUCGUGCAGGAGGCCAGCAGCUUCGAGGAGGGAUGUUGAAGUAGGACUCCUUCGUCCUCUCACUGGCUUUGGCUCCCUCAAUAAACUCUCUGUGGGAACCUAGCUUAGUGUCCGUCUGUCUCUCUCUUCUUCCUGUCUGAGAUCUUUUAUCCUCUCACUUCAAGAAAACAGUUUCAACAGAGCCUUCAGAUAUGCUCCUCUGUGGGAGGAAACACUGCUUUGAUGCCCCAAGAUGAACGGAAAUACCAGAAUCAUUAGUUAACUGAGCUUUGCAACAGGGAGUCCCUCACCAACCUCAGAAACUUCCCAGCAAGCAGAAGUAGAGAUAACAGGAAAUAAACACAUUUUAGAUGAGAACCUGGAACACCCACAUCAGCUCUGCCCUGGAGCUGGUCCAGUCUAUGGAAGGAAGUAGCCCAGAGCCAGAGAGCACCUGGUGGGCACUGAUGCCAGGUCCCAUCUGGGCACUUCACACUUAGAACCUUAUCCACCUCACAGCCACCCUUUUUUUACAGGUGAGGAAAUGGAGGUGUGCAGAGGUCAGGCACCAUGCCCCAGGGCAGACCCAUGUUAUGGUCAGUAGGGGAGCAGCUCUGAUUGAUCUUCCCCAUUAUCUCUAAGGAACCUGGAUGCACACCUCCAGGGGGGGUCUUAAAGACACAGCAAGGGGUUAAAAGAUGUACCUAUUCAGCAGCAAAGCAGGUAGUUUUAAAAGAAUAAAGGGACUUCCCUGGCG